UUUGGGGCACCGCUCAGGUGGCUCUGGAUGUCAUGGGGGCUGUCCUUCUGAGGCUCUCCCUUACUGCCAAAUAAAGGGGAGCCCAGGUGACCUCAGAGGGCGGAAGUCCGGAGGCGAGGCCACCCUCCACUGGGUGAAGCCAUCUGUCAGACAGGAAGGUGCUGGGGCAGUAUAGAGGAGCAGACCGGCGGGGCGGGGGGCGGGGCCCAGCGGCAGAAUGCCUGUCCACAACGCACACAGGGACCCGCGUGGCUCACUCUGCUCUCACGUCUUUGUGAGUGUGCUCGCCGACUCGCCGUGUUGGGUGUUUGUAGGAGAAUCGCUCGUGCAGGUGCAACGGCGCCUGCUGAAGGACAAGGAGCUGAAGAUUCGUAAGGCCCUGGACAGACUUCGGGAGAAAAGGCGUCUCCUGGGAAGGCAGCGCAGACGGCGGGAGUUUCCCGUGGUCUCCAUGGUGGGAUACACAAACUGCGGAAAAACCACGCUGAUCAAGGCCCUGACGGGUGACGACGCCGUCCGGCCCCAGGAUCGGCUGUUUGCGACACUGGACGUCACGGCCCACGCGGGGUGGCUGCCCUCCCGCGUGGCCGUCAUCUACAUGGACACCGUCGGCUUCCUCUCCCAGCUGCCCCACAGCCUGAUCGAGUCCUUCUCCGCCACCCUGGAAGACGUGGCUCAUUCAGAUCUGGUCGUGCACGUGAGAGACGUGAGCCACCCCGACACGGAGCUGCAGAAAGCCACCGUCCUGGCCGCCCUGCGGGGCCUGCGCCUGCCCGCCCCGCUGCUGGACUCCGUGCUGGAAGUUCAUAACAAGGUCGACCUGGUGCCCGGGUACAGCCCGGCAGGAUCCCAGGCCGUGGCCGUGUCCGCCCUCCUGGGACACGGGCUCCCGGAGCUGAGGGCCCGGCUGGAGGACGCCGUCCUGAGAGCCACAGGGAGACAGGUCCUCACGCUCCGAGUCCGGCUGGCGGGGGCACAGCUGAGCUGGCUGCACCAGGAGGCGACGGUGCAGGACGUGGACGUGAUCCCCGAGGCCGGGGCGGCCGACGUCAGGGUCGUCAUCAGCAGCUCUGCCUACAGCAAGUUCCAGAAGCUCUUCCCGGAGUCAGCCAGCCAGUGAGGGAGCGGAGGCUGUGUGGCCUCAGCACCGCCGCGGGGCGUCCUGCCCGCCCCCUCGGGCGCCUUGCUCCCUGCUGGGCCCGAAAGGCUGGUGGCCGCCCCCCUGCGGCCAGAAGUCAAAGGUCAGGUCUCAGGGUGACUCCGCGGGGACGUGCUUGUGACCUGAGCAUGGGUUGCCUUCCACGCUGUUCCAGCUACAGGAUAUUAAAAGCUCUGCUCUUGUGUCUGUAAA